GCACCCGCAAAAUCACAUUUUAACAACCAUUUUACCAAACACCGACCCAUUUUUCCCUCGGCACAGCGGCCACACCAACUACAUAACACAACCAAGCCGCAACUAACUGCCCUCGACUACAUCCUUCAGCCGCCAACCGAAUACACACACCAAACUUUCCUUUAGCGGUCAACCGCCCUACUGCUUCACUUCACUUCAUACACACACACACACACACAGAUACAAUGGAUAAUAUCGAAAAACAGCCUCUAGGCGCGGCAGGGGUAUCCUUCCCUGCUGGCCUUGACGACUUCCGCGCCGCCAGGGAUCGGUGCGCUCACGCCUGUAGACGCUUCAACAGCAUGCCUGAAGACGCUACACCAGAUGUUCGAACAAGCCUCUUUCUCGACAUCAUCCGACCGGCUCGGAACAGGAAAGAAGAUGGCGCUAUUACCCAUGACAUGACUUUCCGCGACCCAACCCUCAAGGCUCUUACUCCCUUUGUCAAGCCCCCAUUUUUCGUCGACUACGGGUUGCGGCUUCGGGUAGGAGGUUCGACCUUCAUUAACCGGGGCUGCUUCAUCAUGGACACGCCUGUAGCCGACGUUACAAUUGGUGAGAACUGCAACAUUGGACCUCACUGUACGCUAGUAAGCGUCGGCCACCCAAUUCACCCAGAGGCUCGGGAAUCGCAGAGGAGCAGCAUUGGAAAGCCCAUCACCAUCGGCAAUGGCGUGUGGAUCGGAGCCAACGUUACCAUCUUAGGCGGCGUAACCAUCGGUGACGGAGCCGUCAUUGGCGCCGGUUCCGUAGUAACCAAAUCCGUCCCACCACUCCACCUCGCCAUCGGCGUUCCCGCCCGCUUCCGCCCCCUCGCCGAAGUUCCCCGCAAACUCGACGCCGGCUCAACCGUCGAUUCCCUCAAGGAGGCUCUUGCCUGCGGUCGCUCCUCCUCACCACUUAGCUCACAACAACAACAACCAUCCUUCACUACUACUACUACUACUGCCGGCAGCUACCACCACCACCACCAUCAACAACAAAACCGAUUAACCCAAAGCCAAGCCGAAGAACUCGACCGCCUCGCCAAACUGUGCGUCAACCCGGCCCUCAUGCGCGCCGCCACCAACGAAUCCCACUACCACUUUUCCAGCCACCAGUCCAUGCUUACCGAGCUCCGCUACACCGCCGGCGCACAGCAGCUCAAGCUGCGCAAGACCGAAACGAUUAGUCCGAGCGAUAUGCCUCGCGUGGACAUGACGCAGUUUGCGUGGCAGCAUCAUUCACACUCGUCAUCAUCAUCAUCAUCAUCACAACAGUGCAGCAGCGGUGGCGGUGUUGGUGGCUCCUCAUCAAAGGAAGCUGGUUCAUCAGUGGGAGUGCAUGGAGGACAUGGAGCGGGAAGGAGGAGGGUGUCGAGGAUCGUGAGGGCCGAGUUGACGGCCAUUGCGACGGUUACAGUGGUGGCGCUGCUGCUGAUUGUCGGUAUCUUCUUUGCGGGCGUGUUGUUGGGGGCCAAGAGGAUCACGAUUGUGGUGGAUGCGGUGCCGGAGGAGUUGAGGAAGUUUGGAGGAGUGGGAGGGGUGAAUUUGGUUAGGGGGCUGUAGUUCAGUCUCCGAGGGAUCCUUGGGUCUCAAAGUCCGGGAGGCAGCAAGAGGUUGGUCGCAUUCUGAGGCGUUUGUUUGAUUUCUUCUUUCCUCUUUUUGGUCAUGCUUUUUCACAGCGUGGGUUACUUACUGGUUGGAUAUACCCAUUGGUUCAGGUCGGAGAUGGUACGCGCGAGAUGGCAUCCAAGGCGGCUAUUGGGUUUCCAUUGCGUCUCUGUGGC